GUUGAACACAAAUCAUUGAGCAGGAAAAUGAGGGAAACAUCUCUGCAGUCUCUGCUCUUUCUGAGCUCACUGCUGUGCUGCACAACAAACCAAGCCUCUCUGACUGUGAGUCCCAGCAGCUCUCAGCUGUUUAAAGGACAGUUUAUGUCUCUGAGCUGUGAUGACGACAGCUCUGCUGGAUGGAUACUGAGGAGGAACACAACCAAAGAAACCAGAGCUGAGUGUGAUGACUGGGGAGAAGCAGCUGGUUCCUCCUGUAGGAUCACUGUAACAACCCACUGGGACAGUGGAGUUUACUGGUGUGAGUCCAGAGAGGGAGCAACCAGUAACAGCAUCAACAUCACUGUCACUGGUGGAUCAGUGAUCCUGCAGAGUCCUGUCCUCCCUGUGAUGGAGGGAGAUGAUGUCACUCUGCACUGUAAAACAACGACAUCUAACCUUCCAGCUGAUUUCUAUAAAGAUGGCUCCCUCAUCAGGACUGAGCCUGCAGGUCACAUGACCAUCCACCAUGUUUCCAAGUCUGAUGAAGGCCUCUACAAGUGUCACAGCAGCAGUCAUGGAGAGUCUCCACCCAGCUGGAUCACUGUCACAGGGAAACCCACCACCACGUCUCAACCUACACCGCCCUAUACUUCACCUCCCUCCUCCACCUCUCCUCCUUCAUCAUCCACCUCUCCUCAUCUCCCUGUGUUGUGGUCUGUUCCAUCUGUCUGUGUUCUGGUUUUACUGGUUCUACUGGUUCUACUGGUGAGACGAUGUGUUCGGAGGAAACCUAAAGCUGCUGAAUUACAAGUUGAAGAAGAUGACAUUACAUACAGUGACAUCAAAAUAUUGCGUCACCAACAACAGCCAAUCAGACGGAAUAGAGAGAGAGAUCCAGCUGCAGUUUACUCAGCAGUGAAAACAACAGAAGAUGUCAAUUAUGGACAAAUAGUCAUCAAAUCAAACAAGAGGAGAGAGAGAGAUCCAGCUGCUGUUUACUCAGCAGUGAAAACAACAGAAGACGUCAGUUAUGGACAAAUAGUCGUCAAAUCAAACAAGAGGAAAGCGUGUCCACCAGAGCCAGAGGUUGUCUACUCUUCACUGAGGAAGACCUCCACAUCUUCACACCAGUCCAACCACUGAUGUCCAGCUAGCCUGUUACUGGUCUCCAGAGCCCCUCAGGCAGCAGUAC